AUGACGCAGCAAAUUAUAACGGCGCAAAUCGAGUUCGAGUCUGCUAUGUCACAAUACAUAGAAACUACGGUUUGGCAUUCAACCUACGCAAUGAGCUCUCAACACACACAACAAUAUUACAAAAUUUACAAAUCCAUAUCCACCACAGCAGAUUUUGAUUAUCCAUCAUUUGAUGAGUUGGUUUUUCAAUGGCAACUAGAUCAACUAGAUG